AUGACAUCCGUUUUCAAGAAUGGGCGCAUCUUCAUGCCGUCACAGGCCUCGAAUAAUGAGGCGAACUUUGCCGAAAGCAUGAUCAUCGAGAAUGACAAGAUUGCCCACGUCGGCUCUCUCGAUGGAAUAACCAUCCCAGAAAAUGCAAAUGUCAUUGACCUAGAAGAUCGCACUGUCAUCCCAGGCUUCAUCGAUGCCCACGUACACAUCCUGCAUUACGGGCAGUCAUUGCGCAAAGCCAAUCUCAUCGCAUGCACCUCCCUCGAUGAGAUCCGCGAAGCCAUCAAAUCUUACGCCGAAGUCCAUCCAUCUUUGCCGCGCAUAUUAUGCAGAGGCUGGAUCCAGUCAUCUACCAAUGGAGUCGCACUAGCAAGUAUGCUGGAUGGUAUCGACCCACGUCCCAUCUUUAUUGACUCUUUCGACCUCCACUCCAUGUGGUGCAACGCAGCGGCUCUUGAUGAAAUGGGAGCUCAUACUGCCCCCGAUCUUCCCGGUGGAACCAUCCACCGUGACGAAAAUGGAAGAGCUUCAGGCUUACUUGACGAAUCCGCCAUUAUAAACCUUGCAUGGCCUUAUCUAGAAAGUCUUAGCUCCACGAAAGAUAAACUGAGUGCUUUGGACACUGCAGUUGCUGCAUACACUUCUGCUGGGUAUACCGGACUAGUGGACAUGGCCAUGGACGAAGGGACAUGGGAGAUUCUGAAUCUCUACCGUCGCGAUCAUACCAUCCCAUUCCACAUUGGUGCACACUGGCUCGUCCCCUUCUCAGCGGACCAAACCGCCAACUUCAAACACGUGGAUCGAGCAAUCGAGCUACACAACCAGUACAACCAGCCCGAUUUCCAUAUCCUCGGAAUAAAGCUCAUCUGCGAUGGCGUUAUCGACGGAUGCACUGCCGCUCUCCUCCAACCGUACACUGGUAAAUCCGAUCCCGUCGAGCCAAUCUGGCCAGAGAACAUGCUACAAGAAGUUGUCAAGCGCGCCGACUCAGCGGGCAUGCAAUGCGCAAUUCACGCAAUAGGCGACAAAACCAUCCACCAAGCAAUCAACGUUCUGUCGAGAGUCGGCACGCCUGGCCGAAGACACAGAAUCGAACACCUGGAACUGACAACCUCGGAAGACGCCAAGCGACUUGGUCAGCUGGGUAUCACGGCCUCGAUCCAGCCUGUCCACUCGGAUCCUAUGCUUUUCAAGGCGUGGCCUGGUCUUGUGGGUCCCGAGCGCUGUAAGCGCGCUUUCGCCUACAAGGACUUCCUGGAUGGGGGUGCUCCUAUGGCUAUUGGGACCGAUGCACCGACUGCGGCUCACUUUCCUUUCCCCAAUCUUUACAAUGCUACCACUAGGCGCUCGGCGCUUGAAACCGAGACUGAUGAUACUGUAAAUGCGCAUUUCAGGUUGGGGUUGGCUGAGGCGGCUACGGCUGCUACGGCUGGUGCCGCUUAUGCGCGGUUUGCGGAUUCUUGGACUGGAAGUCUGCGGAGCGGAUUAUAUGCGGAUUUCUUGGUUGUUGAUAUGCAGUGGAGGCCGGAGACAUUGCUUGAGGCGCGUGUCUGCCAGACUUGGUAUCGGGGGAAGAAGGUUUUUGAUUCGUGGAGUGAUUGA